CCUCGCAGACUCCUAUCUCCAUCUCAGUCAUCAGGGUCUUUCUUUCCAGGCCCCCAGGCCUUUUCCCCCCGCCCCCACUGUUUCCUCUGCAGGGGCAUGGACAGGCCCAGGGGGCGCGUAUUUGGAUGGAAGACGGUACUCUGGAGACGGGAGAUCGUGCUGCGUGCCAAGUCGUAUCUUUCUGACUCAGGACACAGCUUCUUCAUUCCUUUAUACGGCUGCAGAGAAACCCUGCAAAAUAAUUUUCAGAGUUUUUCUAAGAUAAGGACAGACACCAAUACCAAUUAAACAGAGACUCACAUAUGCUCCAGCAACCCCAGCCCUGAGCACACACCCAGAGUGAAGGCAGGGACCUGAAGACACUCGCCCAUCAUGUGCACACAGCGAGUCACGGCAGCCAGAACUCGCUCGCCAUCCCAGCGUCCGUCUGGGGCUGAAGGAAUGGGUAAAGAAAAUGCAGUGGGGCCACACAACGGAAGACUGUUCGGCCUUAAAAAGGAGGGGAAAUCUGUCACACGCGACAACAUGGGUGUGCCUGAAGGAUUCUGCUCAGUGCAAUCAGCCAGUCACAAAGGACGAACACCAUACGUUUCACCUCCGUGAGGUCCCUGGAGUCAUCAGGGCCAGAGGAGGACGGUGGGGACCCCCAGAGGUCCCCAGAGAAGCGGGGCCAGGUAACCUGCUGAGGGGGCAGGAGCGGGGGGCGCUAAUAGGCUGUGGGCAGCUCCACUGUGGUGCCGGAUGCCGGGGACCCUCGGUCACCCUCCACCACAGUGCUUGCGGGGAGAGAGGAGGUGAGACUCUGCAAGGUUGAGGGGGAUGGGGUCAGGGGUGUCCAAGGACUAGAGAAAAUGAGCACUGAGGGUUCCGGGGUGUGGAUGUGUGUAGGGGGAGGUGGGGGCCAGGCUGAACAAACGAACGAUGGGUGCCCGCACGCCUGGAGGAACGAACAGAUGAGCUUCUGAGACGCUGACAGUCACGUCACAGGCUCCUGGGUGUGAGUGGGGGUGCAGGGCAGUGGAGACCCCCAUCUGUCCCCACAGCCCACAUCUGCCCCCCAAAGCUCCAUUCCCCCGUUCCUGUGUCCUGCAGGUGGGACAGAUGCCCUUCCUGUCCCCACAGAUGUCAGACCUUUGCCCCUCAGCCAGAAACACUUCACCCUUUCCCAGGUCUGGAUCAGAUUAACAGAGGCCAACACGCGGAGGAUGAGGGUAGGGAUAGAAUAGGGGCUCCGAGCGCAGGACAGCACAGGGCCCCAAGGAAAGCCCCGCCCCCACGGUCUCCUCCUCUGCCAGGGCAAGAGGAAGUGGGGCCACCCGUGCGCCCGGGGCCACAACUGGCAGGAAGAGCAGAAUGACCUGCUAAAUCCACGUGGCCUGAGGGAGGCCAGGUCUGGGGGGUGGGGGAGCCACCCACUGGAGCCAGCCUGGCCAAACUGGGGAGAGCAGGCAGGACCGGGUCCAUGCUGUGCAGGGGUCUUCGGGCAGGGAGCUGGGGCCCCGGGGCUGCCCCUGGAUCUGGGCAUGGCCGAGGGAGGAAGCCCUGACCUAGAAGGGCUCUGAGCCGUUUACCACGCAGGCUCUAAACAUGGGCCCCAGCCGCCAGCCCUGAGCCCUGUGGGUAGGGGGUGGCUCCCUCUAAGGGAGCCAAGUCCCUGCGCUGGGGUCUGCAGGAGGCGCCGUGUCCUGGAACCCCGGGCUCAGACAGGUGCCGCCUGUGGACAGUCAGGGACACCGACCCAGAGAGGCCAAGGGAGGGGCCUGAGCACUGAGGCAGGCAGCCCCGACUCCAGGUCCAAGCCAGCCCCCUGCCCCACCCGACUCCUCGGUCCCACCAGGAAGGGGGGAGGGGCUCUCGACACCCCUUCAGGUCUGUGGCCGGUAAAGGAGGAGGGGUGCCCCCGGGCAGACAGGUGGGGGGCCUGCCAGGCUGGCUUUUACACGAUACACCACCAGCUGGAGGGCAGGAGAAGGGAAGGCGGGUCCCUGAGGCUCCCAGGAAGCUUCCCCCCCCCCUGCCCGGCCAGCUCCCACUCAGCAAGCAGCAUGGGGAGAGGCCGGGGGUACCUCCAAGGUCAGGGAGGGAUGGGGUGUGUGGUGGGUGGGGGCUGGAAGGCCUCUCCGAGGAGAUGCCGUCUCAGCAGGUGAGGGAUGAGCCCCUCGGAUACAGGCAGAGCUAGCUGCACCCACCAAAGCCUUGGGGGGGGGGGGGUGGCGCAUAGCGGGCACAGCCAUGGUGUUUGUAUUAAAAUACUCUCCGAGCAGCUGUGGAACGUUGGCGAGGCUGACUCAGGGUUGAAGGUCAGUGAUAGGCAGCUUGAGGGUCCGGGACGCCAAGCUCCGGUGUCUGCGCAGCCGGGGCUGGUUCCCAGGGGGCGCAGGUGCAGGGCGGGUGGGCAGGACGGCUUCCGGGGCCAGGUUUGCGGGCCAGCGAGCGAGCCAGGCUGGGGAGUAGCGGCACAGGUGGACAGGACGCCCCCAAGGCCGACCACAGUGACUUCCCCUUCCCCCCGGCCCCCGAAGUCAGGGAGGGAAAUGGCCGUCCCUGGCCUGAUGCCUGGCUCUGGGGCCAGAGUGAGGCCCAUUGUUUGAGGCUGGAGCUGGGGGGGGGGGGGGGGGCCGGGGCCCAGGGGCCUCCAGGAAGCCCCCAGAAGUGCCCUUUGUCCCACUUCCCACAGAUCCAGCGCCUGAGCAAGGAGACAAGCACACAGCCCCGUCAACCCCAGCAGGAUGAAGGUGCCCACGGCCGUCCUCCUGGCCCUGCUGUUGUGCCAGCAGCCAGGCAGAGGGCAGGUGCAGGGCGAGGAGGAGGAGGACGACGACGCGGACUUUGGGCUGGAUGGCUAUGACGAUGACGAUGAGGAAGAGGAGGAGGAGGCCAGUGUGACUGCAGGCGGCAGGGGCAGAGGUGCCCGUCUCCCCCGACCCGAGGGCUCAGGCACUGUGUGCGCCCCGCUGAGUGCCGGGCUCGCUGGCGGCUGGCAUAGGGGGACCGUGUGUCACCUUGCCUGCCGGGGGAGGGGGAGGAAGAGCCCUGGCCCUCGGCACACCCGUCACCUCUCCCCUGGCUGGGACCCUCCACCACCGUCCAGAGUAGGGAGCCUAGAGUCGGAGCCGCUGCGGGGCGGGGAGGCCGUAGGGGCUGGCGGAGCAGAGAGGGCGCGGUGGAGGCCCAGCACAGGGAGACUAGCGCAGAGGCCCCGGGCGCAGAGAAGGGGGGCGGAAGGGGUGCGGGGAGGCUCCUGCAGGGCAGGCUCUCAGAGGGGUGAGAGCUGGCAGCAGCGCGGGCUGCAGGGGGAGGCGCGGGGGGUGGGCCGCGGCCCCGCCUGAGCCCUCCUCGCC